UUGACCCCUUUCUUAAAGACACCCGAAUUUUACUUCUAUUAUCAAUUAGGGAUAGCUCUUCUUCUCGAUCUCAACAAGGAACUCAUAGAGUUGCUGCUAAUUCCGGUGCAAUUCUAGGCGAUCAAGGUAGAGUUAGUGUCCCGACCAUCUUUCACCAUUCAAUUCCCAAAAUAUGAGUCAGGGAUCUUCGAGUUCAUCAUAUGGUUCGAGGAGGAAAUGUUGUUGUGGAGUUGCUGCUAACCAAUUCACUGCUCAGAUUCCAAAUAAUGUCGGCAGACGAUUUAACAAGUGUUCAAUGCCUAAGGGACAGAAAUGUAAGUUUUGUGGAGUGGGUAGAUGAUGAACUUCCUCUUAGAGUUACAGCACUGAUCAACAACUUAAAGAAUGAAAAUGAAGCUCUUAGACGUGAAAGGAAUCUUCUGUUGAUGAAGGUUGUCGAGAUUGAAAGAGCCUUAGCGGGGAAUGUUACAAAAAUUGAAGAUUUUAAGGAAUUUGAUGAUGUUAAAGGAGAAAAUGAUGUUUCUAAGGAGAAAAUGGAUGGAGGUUUAGUGUUGUGAAGGAAAGCUGUCUGAAAAAAUGGAAUGUGAUUGGUAUGGUAUGAUGUUGCAUCGUUGGGUUCGUGUGUGCUUGGAUGAUGAAAUAGAUAUUCUGCUACCUUAAGAUCAACCAAAGUUUAGGUGUAAUUGACAUAUUUAAGUGAUUAUGUAACCUAUGUCCAAACAAGGUUUAUGUAUAAUUGACAUGG